UAAUUUAACCAUCACCAUAACCAAUGCUAAGUAAAUUCCUCCCACCAGCAGCCUCUUCCACUGAACCAAAUGGAUAUUUACAAGUUUUUUCUUAUUUAUCUUCAACUAGUUCUUUUCUUCUUGCAAUUUCUCCAAGCCCAUUCUUCAGGAAAUCACACUGAUAAGCUCGCUUUGCUCAAUUUCAAAGCAGAGAUAAUAAGUGAUCCAGAUGAAAUCCUCAACUCAUGGAAUGAUUCUCUCCCUUUUUGCCAAUGGUAUGGAAUCACUUGCAGUCGCCGCCACCAGAGAGUCACUUUAAUGGUGUUAGGAGACCACAAUUUGAUUGGAUCUAUAUCACCACAUAUUGGUAAUUUGAGUUUUCUAAGAAUUCUCAACCUCCAAAACAAUGGUUUCAAUGGCCGAAUUCCACAGGAGAUCGGUAAUUUACUUCGAUUGCAGCAACUCAAUCUCAACAACAACAUGAUAGAAGGUGACAUUCCUCUCAAUUUGACUCGUUGUUCCCGUCUGAAGAUAAUCCAACUGCAACGGAAUAAUCUAACUGGGAAAAUCCUGACGGAGCUUGAUUCUUUGGCAAUGCUUGAAGAGCUUCGUCUCAGUGUCAACAAUCUGAAUGGAACAAUUCCACCUUCUCUUGGUAAUCUUUCAUCGCUUGCUAUCCUUGAUGCAGGAAGGAUGGAAUUGGAGGGAAACAUUCCACAUGAAUUGGGACGAUUCACCGAGCUAACAUUUUUCAAUUUUGAGGAUAAUAAACUAUCUGGUAUGAUCCCUUUGUCCAUUUUCAAUAUCUCAUCUCUUAGAAAUAUCUCAAUUACGCAAAAUAAGCUUAGCGGUAUCCUACCAAGAAACAUAGGGAUAACUCUCCCAAAUCUCCAGCAGAUUAGAAUUGGAGACAAUUUGUUUUCUGGGUUUAUUCCAAAUUCAUUUUGCAAUGCUUCUCAAUUGGAGAUACUCGAGGUUGUAGAAAACAAUUUUGUGGGACAACUCCCGAAUUGUUUGGGAAAUUUACAGAGGCUUCAGCGGCUUAAAGUUGCUGAUAAUAACUUGGGAUAUAAUACCACAAGUGAUAUGGCCUUUUUAACAUCUUUGAAGAACUGUAGCAAUAUGAAAAUUCUAGGCUUCAGCUCAAAUAAUUUUGGAGGUGUUUUGCCCAACUCUGUGGCCAAUCUGUCAGUUCAACUUAACCAGCUGUAUUUUGGAGGAAAUCAAAUCACAGGAGUUAUUCCUGAAGCAUUAGAAAAUCUCAUCAACUUAAUUUCAUUAGACAUGCGGGGCAAUCUUCUCACUGGAGUUAUCCCUUCUUCCUUGGGAAAAUUAAGAAAACUUCAACUGCUGGAUCUGGGAGAAAAUAGAUUGUCUGGCAAGGUUCCGUUCACUAUAGGCAAUAUCACCCAAUUGUUUAAACUUACCUUUUCACAAAACAAUUUGGAAGGCAUUAUCCCUAUAAGCAUAAGGAAUUGCCAAAAUUUGUUGUAUCUGGAUAUUUCAAGAAAUAACUUUAAUGGAUCUAUACCCAAGGAGAUUCUCCUUCCUUCAUUGUCUUUGUGCUUAAACUUAUCACGAAAUUCAUUGACUGGCAGCCUGCCUGCAGAAGUGGGGAAGCUAACAAAUAUAAAUAAACUAGAUGUCUCGGGAAACAUGCUUUCUGGAGAAAUCCCUGUAACUAUUGGAUCCUGUUCAAGUUUGGAAUAUCUCUAUAUGCAACAAAAUUCUUUUCAAGGAAUGAUUCCUUCAUCUUUGAUUUCCUUGAAGGGUCUCCAAAAAUUGGAUAUUUCACAAAAUAAUCUCACUGGAGAAAUUCCAAAAGUCUUGCAAAGUUUAAUAUAUCUACUGUAUUUAAAUCUUUCUUUUAAUAAUCUUAUGGGCGAGAUUCCAUCUGAAGGAGUUUUCAACAAUUCAAGUGCAAUUUCAUUGAUCGGUAAUAAUAAGCUUUGUGGAGGAGUACCAGAACUCCAUCUACCAAAAUGCCCUACCAAAGAAAUAGGACAUGACAUGCUCUGUGGUGCUACGAGCGUAUUCAAUCAACCAAAAUGUCCUACAAAAGAAAUAGGACAUGAUAUGGAGCUUCGUUGCGCUAAUAAUCGAAUUUGUUUUGAUGAGUCCAUCGCUAUCAAGUUAGUAAUCAUAAUUCCUUGUGUGAUUUUCUUUAUCCUGUUGAUGGUAUCCUCUGUGCUUGCGUAUCAAUGGAGAACAUCAAAAAGGAAGUCGUUUGUUACACCCGUAGAAAUGGAUCACAUUGUUAAGGUAUCUUACAAGGAACUUUAUGAUGCAACAAGAGGAUUCUCUGCCCAUGAAUUAAUUGGUUCUGGAAGCUUUGGUUCUGUGUAUAAAGGAUUUCUAAAUGAAAUUGAAGGACCUGUGGCUAUUAAGGUUCUCAAUCUUGGAAUGAAUGGUGCUUCAAAAAGCUUCAUGGACGAAUGCAAGGUGUUAGGGAAAGUGAGGCAUCGGAAUCUGGCUAAGUUAUUAACGUAUUGCUCCAGCAUUGAUUAUAAACAAAAUGAAUUCAAAGCUCUUGUUUAUGAGUUCAUAGGUAAAGGAAGCUUAGAGAAGUGGUUGCAUCACACCCGCACAAAUUAUAAAUCAAGAAAGUUGAAUUUUCUUCGAAGAUUAAAUAUUGCAAUUGACGUGGCAUCUGCAUUGCAUUAUAUUCAUGACCUUUAUGAAAUUCCAAUCAUUCAUUGUGACUUGAAGCCUAGCAAUAUUCUAAUCGAUGAUGACAUGGUUGCACAUUUAAGUGAUUUCGGUUUGGCUAAGCUCUACACCAAUGAUGUAUCUCAAAGUGAAACCAGCUCAGUUGGAAUACGGGGGACAAUUGGCUAUAUUCCUCCAGAAUAUGGAAUUGGGAGUACUGCAUCGAAGGAGGGAGAUGUGUACAGUUAUGGAAUUCUUAUAUUGGAGAUGUUCACAGGAAAAAGGCCAACAGAUAAAAUAUUUAAAAAUUAUUUAACUCUACACAACUUUGUGAAGGAUGCACUACCAGAAAGACUUGUGCAUAUCACAGACCCGACCCUUCUCCCAAGAGGAAUGGAAGAGACACAAACAACAAAUAGUGAAAUAGAUGAGCAAGCUCAAACACAUGCAGAAGCAGAGUCCAGCACUAAUGGAAACAUAAGUCGAACGAGUAUAGCCAAAGAGAAAGAUGGCUUGAUUUCAGUUUUCAAAGUUGGAAUAGCUUGUUCAGCGCAAUCACCUAAAAAUCGAAUGAAAAUGAGGGAUGUAAUUAAAGAAUUACAUUUGCUUAGAAGUACUUUUCUUGGAGUUCGUAUCUUUGGAUGAAGAUAGGUAAUGCAGGUGGCAACAGGUCCUUAUAUGGCAAGAUCAUGACCCUUCAAAGAUUGUUGUUGGCUGAUUUCUUUCUCAUUUGUCUGUGGCUGAGGUUCUAGAAGCUGAAUACGAAAGGGAAUCUUCUGUUAGUUCUUUCUGACUUUUUUUGUAUGCUUCUCUUGAGAAUCUAGUGACCUCGCCUUAUGUUUGGCUUGGGCCGGCUCCUUUGAAAGCUGAGAUCCUUGUGCGGCUUGCUUCUUGUGAAUGUUUGUGCAUAAGAGAAUGGUUGUGUAGCAUAACUAUGGUUCCUCAUUCCGAAAAUUUAUGUCCUAGGUGUCUAUUUGCUCGAGAGUCGGUCUCUCAAAUUUUCAAAAAAUUAUAAAGUGGAAUAGUUGUAACAUAUAAGAUUCUUACAUAGGAUUAAAAUAUUUGUGUAAAGGUAAUUACAUUU